CUCUCGCGUCGUCCGCCUGAGGUAAAUGUAGAAGUUGGUGGUAAAUUGUGGAAUAAGUGCUGAAUUGAGGAUAGCAGAAGCUUGGAACACGGUGGCCCUUCUUUCGCAGCCAUGAGGCGAAGUAAGGCGGACGUUGAACGCUACAUUUCUUCAGUAGAGAGUCUCUCUCCGUCUCAAAAAGAGAAACCGGUGAAGGGAUUUUUAUUUGCAAAAUUAUAUUUUGAAGCCAAGGAGUAUGAACUCGCUAAAAGACACAUCUUGGCGUAUUUAACCGUUCAGGUCAGAGAUCCCAAAGCACAUCGGUUCCUUGGUCAACUUUAUGAACUUGAAGGAGAAAUUGAAAAAGCUGUUGGAUGUUACAAGCGCUCGGUGGAUCUGAACCCAGCCCAGCGUGACCUGGUUCUGAAAGUUGCCGAGCUGCUGUGCAGUAAACCGGAGUUUGACAGCAGGGCAGAAUUCUGGGUGGAGAAAGCUGCCAAGCUUUUGCCGGGUCACCCUGCUGUCUUCGACCUACGGGAGAAAUUGCUGAGUGUGCAGGGGCAAAGAGGCUGGAACCAGCUUUAUGACCUGCUGCAGUCCGAGCUCCAGCUGCGUCCUUCUGAUGCCCAUGUUAACGGCAGACUGGUGCAGCUCUACUGCUUGGAUGGACGUUUGGAAGAAGCAGCGAAGCACUGCCUGGCUGUGGAAAGCACUGGAGUCUUAAGACACAGCCUAGACUGGUACGCCACUGUUGUCCAGACGCUUCAGGAGUACGUGGCUCAACCAAGCGUAUCUUCUAACGAAAAGGCAUGUCGCAAGUUCCACAAGGAGCUCUUGCUGGCUCAUAGUAAUCUCCUGAGGCUCACGGUUGCUGAAAAAGAUUGCAGGGAGAGUGUGAAGGCGCUUCAGAAUUUUGACCGUGCUAUGCAGUCUUUAAAGAACACUGCCUCGAAAGCUGCGGACGAGCUCCUGGAGGUGUUCACAGAAAUGAGAGCUCAUCUGUAUCUUUAUGCUGGGACCCUGCUGCUGAAGAUGGCCGUGGAAAAGGAGGAGCAGUGGAGAGCUGUUGUCGAUUUAGCAGCACUCUGUUACCUGCUGGCUUAUCAGGUUCCAAGACCACAGAAAAAGCCUGAGAAAGGUGAACGCACGUCACCGAGACCUCUCGAGUCAUUAGCUUGUUAUCGCCAAAGCCAAGCAGGCCACAUGCUGCUGAAUCUAAACCAGGAAACGGAGCACUUUGUGAAGGAGGUGGUGGAGGUGUUUGGGAACAGAAGUGGGCAGGACACCCUGUUUGAGAAGCUUUUCAGUACACAAGCCCCUUUGGAUCUCUCAUUCAUUGGGAAUGACAUCAUCUCCAACAUCAGCACACGAUCACCGGACGUACAAGAGCUGGCAAAGUGGGACAGUGGUUCCGUCUUGCACUGUGGGGAUUUGCAACACCUGACAUGGCUGGGAUUGCAGUGGUCAAUGAUGGGCCAGAGACCCGCAGUGAAAGACUGGCUGAAGCAGCUCUUUCCUCGUCUCACUCUGGAGACAUUCAAACUGGACACCAAUGCUCCGGAGUCAAUCUGUCUGCUUGACCUUGAGGUGUUUCUGUGUGGUGUGGUGUUCACAAGUCACACUCAGCUGCAAGAAACAGCAAAGAUUUCUGCCAGUUCACGCCUGCAUGAGCCCAGAUGUUUACCAUCGCAGCUUAUGAAACUCUUGUCGUCGGAGAGACAGAGGGAGUGGUGGGAUGCAGUCUAUAGCCUCAUUCAUAAAAAAGCAAUACCCAAUACAUCUGCUAAACUGCGAAUGAUCGUCCAACAUGGCCUGAGCACCCUGCGAGCGAGAGAGAAACAUGGUCUUCAGCCUGCGCUGCUCAUCCACUGGGCCAAACAUCUCAGUGUCAUGGGCGAUGGUGUGAACUCCUACUAUGACCAGAAAGAAUACGUUGGCCGUAGUGUGCACUACUGGCAUGUUGUGCUCCCUUUGCUUGAGAAAAUUGAGAAGAGACGCAGCAUUCCUGAGCCCCUCGAUCCAUUAUUCAUGCAUUUCGCUAGUAAGGACAUACAGGUUUCUGAAAUUAAAGGCUAUGAAGAGGAGGCUAUGAUGGCAUUCGCUACUCUUCUUGACAUUGAGGGCAAUACUGAGCAGGCCAUCUUGAAGCUUGAGAAGCUCAACUGCAUCUCUUCUUACUGGCAUCUUGCUCAGAUCUAUCAGAGACUCUCUGAAGAGGCAGGAAAUGGAGUUGAGGAAACUCAAGAAAUGUGCGUCAGCCUUCUCCAGCAGUUCAGGAAAUACUUAUCGAAGAUCUACCAUGCUGGUGCAGAUGACAUGGAGAAGCUGCCGGUGUCAAUGGAGGAAAUUAUGGACUUGCUCAAUGAGGUCAAUCAGCAGCUUGGAGAGAGUGGAGAGGCUGUGGAUGGAGUUCAUGAAGGACUUCCAAUGACUUCAAGCCCACACUCCCUCACAGAUCCAGCUGUGGCUGCUUCCCAGAAGUUCUCAAUGUCCUCUCCGGCCAAAAGUGUCCUCUCUCCCUCUAAGAGAUCGGUGUUUUCUCCCAAAACACCCCCUCACUGGGUGGAGGAUCAAAAGUCACUUUUGCAGAUGCUCUGUCAACAAGUCGAGGCUUUGAAGAACGAGGUUCAUGAUCUGAGACACAAUUCCUCUGGAUCAACAGAGUCCCCAUUUCACAGAGUGUAUGGAGGGAAUUAUGCAGCAGAGGCAUUUCAGGAGCCCUUUUCAGCAACGCAGUCGUUCCAUGGAGUGCCUCUUACUGUUGCCACUACAGGUCCUUCAGUGUACUACAACCAGUCCCCUGCAUAUAAUUCACAGUACCUUCUUCGCACUGCUGCAAACGUAACACCAUCCAAGGCACCCGUCUAUGGAAUGAAUCGUCUCCCUCAGCCGCAUAUGUAUGCCUACCAGCAACCAACACAUACACCCCCUCUUCAAACAGGAGCAUGCAUGUACUCUCAAGAUCAGGUUUUUGGUACCUCCAUCAGGUUUGAAUCGCCAGCUACAAGCUUGCUGUCCCCAUACAGUGAAGAAUACUGCAGUCAUGUUUCUCAACCAUCUACCAAUCCAGCGUUGCCAGAACCUGGGUAUUUCACUAAGCCAACUGUAAUACCUGCUCAGUCCUGUAAGAGCAGUGAAGGCAAGUCAGUGGACUUUAAGAUGAACUUUGGCCAGCAAAAUCCAGUUGAGACUUCUAAGCCAGUGACUGGAGCUGCCUCCCAAACAACUCCAACAGCAGCUGCUUUCAAGUUCAAUUCAAACUUCAAAUCUAAUGAUGGUGACUUUACUUUCUCAGCUGUAGAGGUGAAAAAUAACAGUGAAAGCCUCUUGGGGCUUCUGACUUCAGAUAUUCCUCCCAGACCUGAAGGCCAUUCAACCCUAAACUCUCAGUCGCAUGACCCAACACCCAGCCAUAGUGGGGUCUUUACUUUUGGGAGUAAAAAAGGCUUUUCAUUUGUUGAUGGCGCACAGGGUAAAACAACUCUUUUUGGAAAACCUGACCAAACAUUUAGCUUUGCAAACAUGACCAAGCCAGUGACUGGAGAGGAAAGUGAAGAGAAAUGUGUCGAAAGUGAUGACAGCACCCAUGUUGAAGAGGAUGAGGAUGGUCCACAUUUUGAACCCAUUGUUCCUCUGCCCAAUAAGAUUGAUGUCAAAACUGGGGAGGAGGAGGAAGAAGAAAUGUUCUGUAACAGAGCCAAAUUGUUCCGUUUUGAGGCAGAAACAAAAGAAUGGAAAGAAAGAGGCAUUGGAUCUAUCAAAAUCCUAAAGCACAAAACAUCAGGCAAAUAUCGAUUGCUGAUGAGGAGAGAACAGGUUUUAAAAAUAUGUGCAAAUCACUACAUCACUGCAGACAUGGUUCUGAAACCAAAUGCUGGAUCUGAUAAAUCAUGGGUAUGGUAUGCUGUGGACUAUGCUGAUGAAAUGCAAAAGACAGAACAGCUGGCUAUUCGUUUUAAGACUGCAGAUGAAGCAGCUUUAUUCAAACAAAAAUUUGAGGAAGCUCAGAAAGAUAUUCUUAAACAGCCAAAACUGCAAAGUCAACUGAAUGAAAAUGACUCCAAACCUUCUACCUUUGAGGAAUCAAGCAGAAAUGUUGAUCUUAAAACCCUUUUUGCUAAGAAGGAAAGUGAAUGGGAUUGUAAUGUCUGCGCUGUAAGAAAUAACACCUCAUCGAAAGAAUGUGUUGCUUGUAGCAGCCCCAAUCCUUGCGGUGACCUGAAGGCUGAAACUAAACCAGAUGAUGGAUUUAAAAGUGCUCCUGCACCCUCAACAGGAGCCUUUAUGUUUGGACUUGGUGGAAGUUCUAAGGAUGCCGGUGAUGCCAGCUUCAAGGCAUUUGGAUCCCAGAUUCCUUUUUCCUUUAAAUUUGGAACACCGCCAACUGUUACUCCGUCCAAUCAGGGUGAGACAAAGUCUGGUCAACUUGAGCAAAAUGUGGAUUCGAACAGAAAUGUUGAUCUUAAAACCCUUUUUGCUAAGAAGGAAGGUGAAUGGGAUUGUAAUGUCUGCGCUGUAAGAAAUAACUCCUCAUCGAAAGAAUGUGUUGCUUGUAGCAGCCCCAAUCCUUGCAGUGACUCGAAACCUGACACUAAACCAGCUGAUGGAUUUAAAAGUGCCCCUGCUCCUGCACCCUCAACAGGAGCCUUUAAGUUUGGACUUGGUGGAAGUUCUAAGGAUGCCGGUGAUGCCAGCUUCAAGGCAUUUGGAUCCCAGAUUCCUUUUUCCUUCAAAAUUGGAUCACAGGCAUUCAGUCACGGUGAUGCAAAAAGGAAUGAGCCUUCUGCAAGCACUUGUGUUGCAAACCAAACCAAAACCGAUGCAGCUCCAGAAUCUACCAAACAGUCGGCAAGCGCUGCCUGCUCUAUUGGCUCUGGAUUUGAUAAGUUUAUCAAAAAAAGAGGUCAGUGGGAUUGUGAUAACUGCCUGGUCAGGAAUGAGGCAGCUGCAGCAAACUGUGUUUCUUGUAAUGCUCCUUGUAGCAGCAGAAAAAAUGAAGCAAAAUGGGAUUGUAAUGUCUGUCUAGUUAGAAAUGAAGGCACAUCUAGUUGUUGUGUGUCAUGCAAGAGUCCUUAUCUAAAUGCAAACAGUACUCAGGCUGCACCAGCAUCCUCCACCUUUAGCUUUAGUACUGAUGGUCAAGCUAACCAUCCUGCAAGUACAGGGUUUACAGCCAACUUUGAAGCUGGUACUUUUCACUUUGGUCAGGGUAAGAAAGAUACCCCACCAACAACUCAAGCUGAAACGUCUUCAGCUAGUUCAAAAUCCUCUAUUUCAAUGCCAGGGUUAACCAGUGAAUUUAAAUUUGGUAUUAAGGGCUCUGAAUCAAAGCCAGCCAACAGUGAACCUGCCUCAGUGUUGCUGAAAAACAUUGCUGAACAACACAGAGAAAAAGAAAAGGAAGCAUCCUCCACAUCUGUCCAGUCAGCGGACAGUCUAAGUAAUGAUGAUUGUCCACUGAUUACAGGAAAGCAGGUUCCAUUCAGUUUUGCAGACUUGGCCAAUUCUUCGCAGGGUAACUUUCAAUUUGGCCAGAAGGAUCCCAGUUUUAAAGGCUUUGAGCGGGCUGGUGAGCAACUUUUUACCUCCUUUCUGCAAAACCAAAAAGCAGACACCUCUGUUGAUCAAGAAGAGGAAGAUAUGUACAGAACAGAAGAAAAUGAUGAUAUCCAGUUUGAGCCUGUGGUUAAGAUGCCUGAAAAAGUCGAUCUUGUUACAGGGGAAGAGGAUGAGGAAUGUCUGUACACAAUACGUGUUAAGCUUUUCAGGUUUGAUAAUGAAACUCAUCAGUGGAAAGAACGAGGGGUUGGAAAUCUCAAAAUUCUUAAAAAUAAUCAAAACGGGAGGCUUAGAGUUCUAAUGAGACGAGAGCAAGUGCUGAAGGUGUGUGCUAAUCACUGGAUCACUACUACAAUGAACCUAAAACCCCUUUCUGGCUCAGAUCGUGCCUGGGUAUGGUUAGCAAACGACUUUUCAGACGACGAUCCCAAGUUAGAGCAGUUGGCUGCCAAGUUUAAAACUCCAGAGCUUGCAGAAGAGUUUAAGCAAAAGUUUGAGGCGUGCCAACGACUCCUCUUGGACAUUCCUCUACAGACCCCUCAUAAGCUGGCUAAUUCAGACCGAACAGCAAAUCUCAUACGGAAAGCUGAGGAAAUGAAAUCUGGUCUUAAGGACCUCAAAUCAUUCUUGACUUAUGAUGCAGUGAAAGGCAAGCACGAGGAAAGCAGUGUUGCAACAGCAAACGAUAUCUCAGCUCUCAAGUCCCAUGGUGAGAGCACUGGACCCACUUUGGAAUGGGAUAAUUAUGGUUUGCAAGAUGAUGAUCAUGAUGAAAGCGCUGACACAUCUAUAUGCGCUUCUCCACAAGCUAGUAGUCCAUUGCAAAAAAAUUUGUUCCGUUUUGGAGAAUCAUCAGCUGGGUUUAGUUUCAACUUCCAGCCUAUACUUAGUCCCUCCAAAUCCCCAGCGAAGCUGAAUCAGAGUGGGACAUCUGUCGGAACAGAUGAUGAACAAGAAAUAAGUCAAGAAGAGGAAAGAGAUGGCCAGUACUUUGAACCAGUUGUGCCAAUGCCUGAAGUGGUUGAGCUUUUAAAUGGAGAAGAGAACGAGCAAGUCGUGUUCAGUCACCGAGCAAAGUUGUAUCGCUAUGAUAAAGACCUCAACCAGUGGAAAGAAAGGGGUAUCGGAGACAUCAAAAUUUUGCAAAACUACGAUACAAAGCGCACAAGACUUGUGAUGAGACGUGACCAGGUUCUUAAAUUAUGUGCAAACCACUGGAUAGCCUCGGAUAUGAAACUUGAGCCGAUGAAAGGAGCAGAAAAGGCAUGGAUCUGGAGUGCUUACGACUUUGCUGAAGGAGAAGGAAAAGUUGAGCAGUUGGCUGUGCGGUUUAAAUUGCUGGAGACUGCAAAUUCUUUCAAGGAAUUUUUUGAGAAGGCCAAGGAUGCCCAGGAAAAGGCAGCCCUUCUUGUGUCUGCUUCCCCUAGAGAAGUCCUGACUUCCCCCCAAUCCCUGUGUGGUCAAGCUGCUAUUGAGGUACUUGAGGAGACGACGAAAGAAAAAACCGAACAGCCUUCUGAAAGCAGUCAAGCGGCUACUCAGAGUCCAAGCCCACACAUCUCCCCUUUGGUCUCUUCCCCCAAGUUUGUUUUUGGGUCAAGUCAUUUGCAGAAAAUAUUUGGAAGCCCAGUGUCCCCUAAACAGAUGGUUUCUAGUCCAGCUACAAGUCUUGAAGAUCAAGCAUCGGGCAGUGCUUCAAGCUCUAAAACAGCUGAAAGCAAGAUGACGACUCCAUUCAAAGUGCCAGAAAGAGCUUCUAAGAUCCAGGAGGAUGUAAGGAAUGCUGGUGACAGUCAUGACUCUGAUGUUGAAAUUGUGUUUGAGCAACAGCCAACUCCGGAGCAGGCAGACCUCGCCCAAAAGCUAAUGCUGCCGCCAACGUUUUUUACUUACAAAAAUAAGCCAGGAUAUGUGAGUGAUGAUAGUGAUGAUGAAGAUUAUGAGAGUGCUGUAAGAAAUCUAAACGGAAAACUGUAUCCUGAUUCUGCCCCACCUGGCCCUGCUCAGGCCAGUGGAGAUGCAGAGGAGCCGGAGUGUGUGCUUGUCUGGGAAAAGAAACCAACGUUGGAGGAGGAGAGAAAAGCCAAGAGCCUUCAGCUUCCCCUUACCUUCUUCUGUAAUGCUAGCAGUGAUACGGACACUGAACCAGACAGGCUAGAGGACUUUGGAACAGAGCUACAGAAAGUCCAGCAAGCUCAGAGUGAAAUAAACAGUCAAGAGAAACCCAGUGAGAGCUCUUCUGAUCAGCCUGCUACAGAUGAUAAUGGCUGUCCUAUUGACCUCUCGACAAAGACCCAUGAACCUGAAACACCAACUGACUCAAAUACAACUCAAGAUGCCCCUUCUAUUUUCGCAACUGGAUUUUCAAGUGAACUUACAUUUGCAGACUUGGCAAAGAGUUCUACAGACUUUGCCUUUGGAAAAAAAGACCCAAACUUCUCCUGGGCCAAUGCUCAGGCAGCUGUCUUUAGCUCCACUGCAACAGCUUCCAGAAAUGAGGAUGAAGAUGAGGAGGGCAGCGAUGAAGAUGUUUCUAACAGUGACAUUCACUUUGAGCCCAUCGUUUCCUUACCUGAGGUCGAGGUGAAGUCUGGUGAAGAAGAUGAGGAGAUUCUUUUCAAGCAGAGGGCAAAACUGUACAGAUGGGAUCGUGGUUUGGGCCAGUGGAAAGAGCGUGGAGUUGGUGAUCUGAAGAUCCUCUUCCACCCAGUGAAAAAGUGCUACCGUGUCCUGAUGAGGCGUGAGCAGGUUUUAAAGGUGUGCGCCAACCACACCAUCACCAAGAACAUCGAGCUGAAACCCAUGAACACUUCUGCUAACGCACUGGUUUGGACGGCGAACGACUAUGCAGAGGGCGACGGCAAGGUGGAGCAGCUUGCUGCCAAAUUUAAGACCGCCGACUUGGCCGAAUCGUUCAGGAAAACCUUUACAGAUUGUCAGAGGUGCAUGUCUCAAGUGGACUCGGCCCAGUCUUCUAAAGUCAUGGAACUUUGCAGACCAAGCAACCCGGUGGUAUUUUUCACUAUAGCUGCUGAUGACGAGCCACUCGGCAAGAUCACGAUGGAGCUUUUUGCCAACGUUGUCCCCAAAACUGCGGAAAACUUCAGAGCUUUGUGCACUGGAGAGAAAGGCUUUGGCUACCGCAAUUCCAUUUUCCACAGGAUCGUCCCUGAUUUCAUGUGUCAGGGUGGUGAUAUAACCAGACAGGACGGCACGGGGUUGAAGUGUAUCUACGGGGACAAGUUUGAGGACGAGAACUUUGAAGUGCGCCACACAGGCCCAGGUAUACUGUCCAUGGCCAAUCAUGGCAGAGACACAAACAGCUCUCAGUUUUUCAUCACGUUAAAGAAAACCGAGCAUUUGGACUUCAAACAUGUUGCUUUCGGAGUCGUCAAAGACGGCAUGGAUGUGGUGAAGCAAAUGGGAGAGCUGGGCUCUAAGAAAGGCAGUCCAAGCAAAACGAUAAGAGUUACAGACUGUGGACAGCUGUAAAUCUGUCCUUUAUACAGGAAGUACACGUGUUCAAGUUUUUCAUGUUCUGCCUUUUUUUUUUUUUUUUGUCAGGAGUUUCUCCGAAUUAGAAUGUGACUGAGACAAGCAGAGUUUAACAGUCUAAACAUGUUUUGUGGAUUUUUUUUUUAAUGAAACAUUCACACUGAUGAUGGAGACCUGCAUAAAGAUGUAAGAACAGCAAUUGGUGACUGACAUGCAGAGAAUAAUCUCUGUACUGAUGUGUUUCCUGAGGCAACAUCAUGACAAAUACACAUUUGUUUACACGAGCUGAAGAAUUAGACUAAAUUAGCCGAACUCCCUGCUAUACCCCCACCCCACCCCACCCCACCCCAAGAGAACUGCAGGGGGUUCAUUGGACUACGAAGUCCAAACAGUAUCGUCGGUUUAAUUCCUUUCCACAUGCGGAUUAAAUCUCACCAAAUCUGGACUAUCUUAAGCAGUGAAUUGUGUGUUUUUACUCUGUAUAGAUUUAAGGAAAUUUGGCUUUUUACAGCAAUGUGAAUUCUUCUACAUUUUCUGCUUUUUUUUGCCAAUAUUAAAGGAUGAACAUAGUG